UCCUUCUAAGUUCCUUGACCUAACUGGUCGUGAAGGGAGUCUCAUUAUCCCGUCAGUUUUCCCACAGAAUGUCGCGGAUUUGGCAUGAAACAGUGUCAACAGCAGUGAUUCCAAAAAGCAAGUUUACGUAAGAACUUAACUGGUAAACAUUUCUGUCCAGUGAAAUCCAUCAUGAUUGGAAAUGAAUAUUCCUUGGAGCUGUGCAACGUUUUUCAUACAGGCCAGGUGGAGCCUGGAACGUGUUUGCAGCGACUGAUGGGAAGUGUGAAGACUGGAGUAAUUCUUAAAGAUGUGUCCCUAUUAGUCCAUGGAGGUGAAGUCCUUGCCAUACUGGGUUCAAAAGGUAGUGGAAAGAGGGCUCUGUUGGAAGUAAUAUCUCGUCGUGCACAAGGCCCCACGAGAGGACAAAUCCUACUGAAUGGUGCCCCCAUGUCCUUACAACUGUUUCAGCAGAACUGCGGUUACGUCACUCACAAGUGUGAUCUCCUGCCCGGACUCACAGUUCAGCAAACACUGCAUUAUGCUGCUCAUCUCACAAUUGGUUCAAAGGUAUCACGGUAUGUAAAAAGAUCGAGAAUGAAACAAGUGAUGGCUGACUUGGCAUUAACCCAGGUGGCUAACAGAGCAGUUGGUGACCUGACACAAAGUGAAUAUCGAAGACUUAUGAUUGGUGUUCAACUUGUAAGGGACCCAGUUGUGCUUCUGUUAGACGAGCCAACAUGGGAUCUGGAUCCUCUGAAUACAUACCUAGUUAUCUCGAUUCUUUCAAACCAUGCACGGAAGUAUGGGCGAACGGUGGUACUGACUAUGGAGAAGCCACGGUCAGAUGUGUUUCCAUUCUUGGACCGCGUGGCAUAUCUUUGUCUUGGAGAUGUUGUUUAUACUGGUGGUACAAGACUCAUGUUGGACUACUUUCGGUCAAUUGGAUUUCCAUGCCCAGAGUUAGAAAACCCCCUGAUGUAUUACUUGUGCCUUUCUACAGUCGAUCGGCGAUCAAGGGAACGUUUCAUUGAAUCUAAUCAUCAGAUAGCAGCUCUUGUAGAGAAGUUUAAGUUGGAGGGUGGUCCUUUCCGACGUAAAACUUCUACAAUAGCUCCUGGAGGAGUGCAGAUCAUAGAUCCAGCAACAGAUCCGAUGGCAGUCCACAAUAUGGGGGUCCCAACUGUUGUUGGUGGAUCUACAACACCUUCACUAGCCAAUAACAAGGUUCCACUCUCUGCUUUUGGAAGACCCAAUGCAUUCACAGUAGCCUUCACUCUAUAUAUGAGGAACCUAGCAGCUACUUUCAACUUCCGUGUCGUGGGCUUAACUCACGUUUUCCUGCGUCUAUUAGCACUUCCUGUUUUUCACUUAUUGUUGUGGAUAUUCUAUAGUGGAAUGGAGGAUUACCAAAGAACAUUUGUCACAAGAAAUGGGCUAAUAUUCAAUUGCCUGGCUGGAGCUUAUUUUGUAUCCAUCAUCGUAACAUCAUCCACAUUUCCUGCCUUCAGAACGCGGUAUUAUCAAGAGGCACAGGAAGGUCUUUAUAGCGGGCCCCUGUUCCUUUUAAGUUACUGGCUGCUGUCUGUGCCCUUUGCUGUGGUAACUGUUGCAGCUGCAACACGCAUUACAUAUCUGUUGACUGGACUUAACACUGUGACAGACUGGCUUUUGUUUGGAGCAGUGCAGCUUGCUUGCUACCUACUCGCACAGCAACAAACAAUUGCUCUUAUGUUGGUAGUGAGAAGCUCUUUCACAGCUUCAGUUGUCAGCAUUUACAUAACUGUUGUAUACCUCAUGCUCGGCAGUGGCACUUUCAGGGCUUUCCACAGUUUAUCAGAAUGGCUUCUGUACCUGACAUAUGCGACUCAGUCUCGCUACGCUGGAACAUUCCUUAACCUGCUGAUGUUUGGUAACAAUAACUGGGCCAAUCUGAAUGGACUUCCAUAUGAUUCUAAGACAAACUGUACCGCUCGCUUCCCACAGACCCAAGACGCUCUGAUCACCGCAUCAUCAUCAUUUGUUUGUCGUUAUGCUGAUGGAAUAGCUUAUAUAACUGGGCGAUAUGGUAGGGAUGAUAAUGGCGAUGCCCUGUCGGAUAUGUUGGAACUGGACCUAAACCUUGCAAUAACAUUCGCAUUCCCGAUUGCUCUUGUGAUAUUAAAUUCGCUUUUAUAUCUUAUUCCUUUGCCAGCUUUCAUAAAAGCAAAGUUUAGAGAGUAGAUUAAGUACUGACAUUUAUUCCAUUAAUUUUACCAGUACCGAACAGAUACUUAGAUCAUCUGGGAAUCCUCCUCUCAUAAACACUAACAAGUAUACAACUGUAUGCAGGGUGAAAAAAACUGGUGUUUGCCAGAAUUCUGCCCUUAAAAUUUUAAACUGUACCAGUGACAUGAAAGAUGUCUGGGGUCAGCAACCUUUGCGUGGGUGGUUGUCUAACUGGGUGUUGAUGUCAUUACAGAAGAUAAAAAAAUCUUAAGUCAUGAGAUGAGCUAAAACAAUAUACUUUUAUAUAAGGUUAUCAUUAAAACUGUCAUCUUAAAUGAAAAAUUAAAUGACUAGAAUAAUAUUUUGUAAAAUUCACCCACAUCAUAUUCAGAGAUAAGGACUCUCAGACACAUUUAACAGCUGCUCUGAAGGGUUAUGAAUGUACCUAAGAAGAAAUCAAUUAGAAAUUAAUGAAGCUUGUUAUUUCACUGGUCGACAGAUGCUGAUUCUAUUACUCAAGUCAAAUUUGAUGGCUGUGGAUAUUUCUACAUACCCUUCUCAUUCAAGUGAAUAUGAAUUAAUAAAGUUCCACCACCAUGGUCCAGUGACAGAGUACUCUGAGUGAACAUGGGCAGUGUCAUUCUAAUGCAAACUUCUGUAGUUAUUUAUUUCUCUAUAAUUUAUAUUUCUGUAAACAUUUUUGGAACAGUGCAUAUAAUCAGAGAGAAAGAUAAGGGUAUUUCAAACUCUAUUAGCUAUUUUAUUCCAAGCAGAGAAAAUAACAUAAAAUAAUGUAAUAAAUACAAGUGGACCUAAAAAAUA